CCAGGCAGCCCAAGGAGGGGGAGGUGCUGGGGGUGGACUACAACUUUGUGAGUGUGGAGCGGUUUAUGGAACUGGAGCAAAGUGGAGCCCUGCUAGAGAGUGGAACCUAUGAAGAUAACUUCUACGGCACCCCGAAACCCCCAGCGGAGCCGUCCCCCGCAGCACCUCCUCUGAAUGUAAGUGAGGCCCUGCUGCCCGGAGCCCGGCCCAGCGCCCAGGGCAAGAGGAAGAGGAACCAAUCCGUCAGCAACAUGGAGCAGCGAGCCAGCCUAGAGCCGCCUGAGGAGGAGGAGGAGGAGGAGAGCCCGGUUGUCAACGGCAACGGAGUGGCCAUCACACCAGAGUCCAGUGAACAUGAGGACAAGAGCACAGAUGCCUCUGGGGAAGUUGCUGUUGAAACGUCCGGCCAGGCCCCAGCCUUUGUCGAGCCCCCUUCCGAAGGAGAGGAGGCCCCCAAAUCUCCCUCUAAAUCCCCCAUCAAGAUCCCAGACCCAGACGAGGAAGAGUUGGGUCCUCUUCCCGACAACUGGGAGAUGGCCUACACCGAGAAGGGGGAGGUCUAUUUCAUCGAUCACAACACCAAAACUACAUCAUGGCUGGAUCCUCGGCUCGCAAAGAAAGCGAAGCCUCCAGAAGAGUGCAGAGAAGACGAGCUGCCCUAUGGCUGGGAGAAGAUAGAUGACCCCAUCUACGGCAGCUACUAUGUAGACCAUAUCAAUCGAAGGACUCAGUUUGAGAACCCGGUCCUGGAGGCCAAGAGACGCCUGGAGCAGGAGAGGCAGAUGCAGAGCCAGGGGCUGUCCGCUCUGCCACUGCCCACGAUAUACAGAGAGAAGCCUCUGUUUACGAGGGACCCGACCCAGCUGAAGGGGAACUUCCUGUCCACAGCCCUGCAGAAGAGCAACAUGGGCUUUGGCUUCACGAUCAUCGGAGGAGACGAGCCCGACGAGUUCCUGCAGGUGAAGAGCGUAAUACCAGACGGACCCGCGGCUCAAGACGGAAAGAUGGACACAGGUGAUGUCAUCGUCUACAUUAAUGACAUCUGCGUGCUUGGCACCACGCACGCUGACGUGGUCAAGCUUUUCCAGUCCGUUCCCAUUGGUCAGAGCGUGACCCUGGUGCUCUGUCGAGGCUACCCCCUGCCCUUUGACCCCGAGGACCCCAGCGGCGCAGCAGCGAGCGCCUCCUUGACACCCAUUGGCAUGGAGCACCGCCCCCUGGUGGUGAACGGCCGCGGCAGCUACGACCCGUACCUGGAGUAUCUGUCGCUAAGCUCCCAGCUGCCUCCGCAGGCUCUGGCUCAGGCCGGAGCCCCCCACCCCGGGGACACACAUCUGGAUGGCUCUUCGCUGCCGCCCACCACACCUGGGUCGGCAUCGGCACUCACGCCCCACGACGACAACGUGUCCAUGGCCUCCUCUGGGAAUGCAGGGGUUGCAACAGCGCAGGGGGCGGAGCUUCUGACAGUUACCAUGGUGAAAGGGGCGGAGGGAUUCGGGUUCACCAUUGCCGACAGCCCCACUGGUCAGCGAGUAAAACAGGUGCUGGACCCGGGCUCCCAGGCAGCGUCAGGGCUGAUCGAGGGAGACCUGAUCCUGGAGGUGAACCAACAGCCGGUGGCGGCAGCGGGACACGGGCGGGUGGUGGAGAUGCUCAAAGAGUGUCCCGUGGGAGCGGAGGCCACGCUGCUCAUACAGAGAGGAGCAACAGGCGGGCGCCGUAUCCCCCACCACCUCCUGCUUCGGUGUUGGGACCAGCAUGUGAGCGGAGGCGUGCAUCACGUUCGCCAUUCCAACGGGGCGGAUGGGCUUCUGUUUGCCGUGUCGGCCACUUCCGGGGUCCGGCGUCCAUGGAGUCCACGGCCCAGGGGCUGUCUUCCCCCUAGGUGA